AUGACAGACAUGUUGCAUUGCGGUCAGCACAGUGGCGACGAACAUGACCCAUGGACAAAUGAAGAACGUGUGCAACCCCGUCGAACACGACAGCAUGCCGGAGUCAAGCCUGAACGGUGCACCAACCAUUUACUUCACGAGACCGGUCAGCAGGUCCUUUGGGGUACGGUACGAAGCGAGGCCACAGUACCAGUUCGAGGUCACAGUCAAGUGGACAUGUUCCGGAGCCACUCUCCUCGAUCAUCGCUCUUCGCGCUCGCCAUUCUCGGCCUUGAAUCGAGUCGACUGUUGGUCCUGGCAUUGAUGCGGAAUCGUCAACAGCUAUCACCAACGGACUUGCAAGGGUGGAAGGACGUUGCGGCCCGUAGAUGGGCGAUGAACCGCCAAGACCACGGGCAAUCUGAUCUCCGUGGGUUCAGUGCCGGGAUGUGGUCGGUGGGCAAUAUGCCGCAGGCAUCGAUGGGAGUCCGUCUCUGCUUGACAGACCAGGAGCCAAGCAUCGUCACGAUUCCCUUCUUGCCCGCCAACGUCCUCAUUCGGACAAGACUCCUCAACGCGGACCAUGCCGGCCCCAGGUUCGCCAGAUAUGGCGCCAUGCCCCCUGCUAUUGUCUACGAGACUGGCCAAGUCAAGGGCCCAGUCUGCGUCUGCUGCGACUAA